AUGCCUACUGUCCUCGGUGGCAAAGGAAAACUUUCCAUUGUCUGUUUUCUGCUCCGAUGCGCAUAUUCUCAGGUAACAAGAAGCCAACAUAACAGUUGUGCCAAAGAUAUUCUGGAGGACAUGACUCAGUCCUGGCCGUCCCAGCAAGCCUUAGGGGGUGACCAGGCCCAACGAAUCCUCUACAGCCCUAAGGAUGCAAAACAACCAACCACACAACAAAGGCAAAGUCGGGGGGAUGUUCAGCAGCGAAUGACCCGUCACCCUCACGUGGCACCGCACAAAUCCAUGCUUGCUGAUGACCUGAAGCUGAGCAGUGAUGAUGAUGACACUCAAAGGGCCAUUCAUGAGUCAGCUUCCUGGGAUAGACACAGCCUGUCAGCACAGCGAGUGCACACACAUGGCAGGCGGGUGAGACAUUCCAGCUCGGACUCUUCAGGCUCAGACUCCUCUGCCGAGUCAGGCAGCAGUAGCCUUCGUUCCCGGAGCCCGAGCCCAGACGUUCACCCGGAUCCCGCAUCGCCAGCCAACACACAGCCACUGUGCAGCAACAAGGAGGUACCGAAGCUGAGCCACACAAAUGAUCAUCCCUCUGCUGCCCAGUGGCAGUUAGAUAAAUGGCUGAAGAAGUCCCGCAAAAAAUCUGCCAGCAGUGAACAAGAUCCUUCCCACAGUGCUACAGGACACCUGUCCUCUCCUCACACCCAGCGAGCCCCAUCUCCAGCCAGAUCCUGGGACAGCAAUCAGGAAUACAGCCCUAGUCAAAGCCCUAUUCCCAGCCCACAGUUCAAUUACAGCCACAACAAUAGCCCCCUACCUAGCCCUGGUUACAGCUACUGCCCUAGCCCCAGCCCAUUCCCCAGCACCUGUCCAAGUCCCAGCCCUAGCCCGAGGUACAGCCCAAUCCCAAGCCCAGUUCUAAGUGUUUGCCCCAGUCCAUUUGGGAGCCCAGGAGGCAGCUGCAGCCCAAGCCCUGUCCCUAGAGACCCUCCAAGAAGUCCAAGUCCCAGCUUAUCUCCUCCUUCAAGGGUUUGUCACGACCCUGGGGUUCAGAGUCAGAACCAAACGCAACCUAGCCUAACGACUAAUUCACACAGGAAAAAAAUUAGGUCAAGGAUUCCCCGGUUGCCUAGCAUCGACACCAAGAACAAGCCCACAAAUAGUAGUCAUCCUCCGCCAACUCAUCAGCACAAGCCCAGGACUCAACCCUCACAGGACCGAGACCAAAGCCAAAGCAAAUCCAAGGCCACUGCUGUUUUAAACUCUAACCAGAGUCACAACCACAAAUCUAGACCCAAGUCUAACUUUCAUCUGAAUUCUAAACAGCUCUCAGAGGCUCCCAAAGCCAAACACGCAUUAAAUUUUGAGCAAAUCCAAGGGAGCAGAUCCCACCACAGGUCCAACCACAAGCCCAGGCCUCCGUUUCAACCCAGCUCACAACAUAGCCCCACAAGAGCAAAGCACUUAGUUCCUGCUAGUCGUGAAACCAAUGCCCACAGUACUCAUUCCCAAUCUACCUCUAAAGCUGCUACUAAUUCUGGUAGUGGGUUGAACUCUAGGGCUAGUCCUAGCCUAAAACCUAGGGCCAGGUUGUGGGAGGCUACAGCGUCAACUCCUGUGAAUGUUAAUCACACAAAAUCACAGAAGAAAACCCAAAAUAAGGAACAGCAGGUGGACGACAGAGGAGAUCAUCUGAUCCAAGCAGAGGGGAGAAAGCACGAGAGAAAAGAGGACAGACAUAGGGAAAAACAGCAAGGGAAACAGGAAAGAAAGGAAGACAAGAGGCUGGCGGAGGAGCAGCUACUGAGACGUCCCUGGAUCCAGAGUUCAGCGGAAGAAGAGGAGGAGGAAGAGGAGGAGGGAGUACUAGAAAGGCAGAGGAGGAGAGAGGAGACAGCAAAAGGGGAAAACAGGAGAAGGAGGGAGCAGCAACACAGACGCGAAUGGCAAACAGUCCAGACCAAACAGAGAGUGUCAACCAACACCAAGCGACACCGCCUUCACGAGGACUCACACCACCAAGGGAGGACAAAAAAGGGAGGGAAAAGUGAGGAGGAGAGAGAGUUACAGCCAGACCCUUCACCUUCGCCGUCACAUUCCCCAACUCCUCAUAGGCCAUCCUCCUCAUGCUCAUCCUCUUCUUCUUCCUCCACAAAUUCAGAUUCUGAAUCUGAACAUCAGGCUCCGAUCACCAAAGUUCCAGCAGAUUCUACCUCCCACAAGAGACUCGCCAGGAGAGGGCAACAAGGCCCAGGCAGACCUGACGCCAGCAGGCCGAAGGUGGUGCACUCCAGAGGACCUAUUUCGGCUAAUCCAAGUGAGGGGCAGCAGAGUGAGGGGAAGCAAAAACUCUACACCCUAGUCCCUUUUGGGCGAAGUGACCAGGCUACAGUGUCUUCUCAGCGAGGGCUUAGAAAUCUGGUGGUGAAGAUAGACCUCUGCCUUCUCAAAAGGGUCCCUGACAGCACUACUACUUCCACUGUUAAAAAACCUUUUUCCUCUCCCUCGUCCUCUUCAUCAACCAAGGACAAACAAAGAGAGGCUAUGAAACACCUGUAUACACCGGACACCGGGACAAAAGACAGCAAAAGGAAACGCAAGCUUGAGAAUGGCGAGUCACACAGAGAAAGCAAGAGGAGUCUUCCUCAUGCAAGUGAUCUCUCAGGUCGCACAGAGUCAUCAGCUAACACAGCUGAAUGCAACAUUGUGACUGAGACCACACACAAUGGGUACUUGGAGGAGUAUUUAGACAGCAAGAGGCCACUGUCUCCCCUGUCUCCACUGUCCAACAGCCCCGAGUCCACCAAACCUCCCUCCAAAACAAACACCUCAGAGCAGCAUCAAAUCCACACCAAUAAGAACAGAGACAAGAAUAGAGAUUCUGCUGUAAAGCCCAAGAUGGAGGUGGAAUGUGUAAAAGUAUCACGACAGCCCCAGCCCUUGUGCGAGUCCUGGGGUCUUACAGGACACAGGGGGACCGUGCCGAACCAUGACACUCCACACCAUGCUGAGUACUACUUACAUGAGGCUAAACGGAUGAAGCACCGUGCUGAUGCAAUGGUGGACAAGCUGGGGAAGGCUGUGAACUACGUUGACGCUGCUCUCUCCUUCAUGGAAUGUGGGAAAGCAAUGGAGGAAGGCCCACUCGAGGCAAAAUCUCCAUAUACCAUGUACUCAGAGACAGUGGAGCUUAUAAGGUACGCAAUGAGGCUGAAGAGCCACUCUGGCCCUGGGGCAAGACAGGAAGACAAACAGCUGGCGGUUCUGUGUUUCCGAUGCCUUGCCCUACUUUACUGGCAGAUGUUUCGCUUAAAGAAGGACCAUGCACUGAAAUACUCCAAAGUGCUGCUGGACUAUUUUAAGAGUUCUCCCAAAGUGCCUACUACACCACCCUGUUGGAAUGACUCUGGGAAGGGUGCAGGAGGACCCCCGUCAUCACUCUCACCCAAUGCCAAACACCUUGGACGGGGUUCACAUGGGGGCAGCACCUCCCCCUCUCUCAUAAGCAUUCCCCAACGUAUCCACCAGAUGGCAGCAAAUCACCUUAACAUAACUAACAGUGUCUUGUACAGCUAUGAGUACUGGGAGGUGGCUGACAACCUUGCAAAGGAGAAUAAAGAGUUCUUCAAUUACUUGAAUACUUUGUCUGGGCCACUGACUCUUCACAGCAGCAUCGCUCACACAGUCCAAUACACCAGACAGGCUCUUCAGUGGAUACGCAUUAGUGCCAAACUUAACUAAGGAGGGAUUUGCCGUUACCUGUUCACUGGAUCUCCAGGUCUCAUUUAAUGUAGAGGAGAGAAAAACUCUAUGCAGCUAACAGGGCAGCACGGAUGCUAUACUGUGCUGUGUGUAAUGGAGUUGGAUAAAAUCCUAUGGAGCCUGACAUCUGUCAUCCUCAUAGGAUGUCGGGGUGCUCACCAUCAGGGCCUUACUCUGUGCAAAGCCUUCUGAAGGUGCAAACUUUGAACAUCUCACAGAUUUAUUACAUGCACCUUCUUCCUCAUCAAUGGAUUAAUCUGAAGAGUUGUGUGUGGUUUGGAUUUGAAGUCUCUAAUCAUUUGCCAAAUGUCCCUUGGAUCUUGAAGAACCCAUAUACAAAGCCUUUUUUCAUAAUUUGGAAUUCAUCGCCAUCCAGCGGACUAUUUCUCUGGGACUAAAAAAGGAGAAGAUGCUACAUAGACCAACCAAUCAUAAACCACUUUCUCCAAAGUACACUUGUUUGCAUCUUUCCUUAUGAAGGUUUAAAUGACUCUUACUUUUAAAAUCUCUGAUACUUUCAUUUUUAUGUGUUUUUACUGUGCAAUAUUUGAUGGAUUAUCAAUUUUUAGAAAAAAGAAAAUACAAGAGAAUAAUAAAAUGUUGUUGAGUCUA